UGGGGAAUUCCUCACGGAUCUGGUCACCCUGUUCGCUUUCUCCUGAGAGAGAGAGAGUCCUCUUUCUAUCUCCUGCUGUUCGCGCGUCGUUUCGGCUCUCCACGGAAUUUAAACGUCACUCACGGUUGCGCGAGAGGCUUCACGCUCCGUGUGUCGCCAGUCCCCUGCCUCGCGCACAUUAAUAUUCCUGUAAGUCUCAGUCAUGAAUAACAAUUACACCGUAUACCGGGGCUAGAGGCGGGCGCUCGGUGCUCACACUCAGAGCGGCGGCAGCUCUGGGCGGAGGAAGGUUCUUCAUGGAGCUGUAGACCAGGUCGUGCCUGCAGAUACAAACGCGCUGCCUUUACCUGGGAUGAGAUAGAAUUUAGGCUAUCUCGGCUCAACACUAUCUUUAACAUCCUGCUGUUUUACCGUAAGCCCGCUCGUCACACCAACAGAGGGUUUACAAAUGUUAGUUCACUCCUACUCCACUGCGGACCGGCAUGACGGUGUCUCGAGCCACAGCUCGCGCCUGUCCCAGCUGGGCUCGGUAUCGCAUGCGGGUCCCUACUCCAGCGCGCCACCGCUGUCUCAUGCGCCAGCGUCGGACUUCCAGCCUCCGUACUUCCCGCCACCGUACCAGCCUCUUGCUCAUUACCAGAGCCAGGACCCGUACUCCCACGUCAGCGAUCCGUAUUCCCUGAACUCCCUGCACCAGAGCCAGCAGAGCGCAUGGGGGGCGCGGCAGCGGCAGGACGCCGGGGAGCGGAUGGAUAGCUCCGCUCUGUUGGCGCAACCUCGGGCCUCGCUGCCUCAGCUGUCCGGGCUGGACCCACGGCGGGACUACGGUGUGCGGCGGCCUGAUGUGCUGCUGCACUCCGCUCACCCGGGACUGGAGCCCGGUAUGGGCGACGGACUGCUGCACGGGCUGCAUGGUAUGGAAGAUGUUCAGACCAUUGACGACACAAACGGAACGAGCAUCCUGGAUCAAUCAGUAAUUAAGAAAGUUCCCAUGCCACACAAGAACAUGGCCUCUCUGAUGGCCGGCAAGGACGGCCUGAUCGGGGGAAUCACCGUCAACAUUAACGAGGUGUUCUGCUCGGUACCGGGCCGCCUGUCGCUGCUCAGCUCCACCUCCAAGUACAAAGUGACCGUAGGGGAGGUGCAGAGGAGACUGUCCCCGCCCGAGUGCCUCAACGCCUCCCUGUUGGGGGGCGUGUUGAGAAGAGCAAAGUCCAAAAACGGUGGGAAAUGUCUGAGAGAAAAGCUGGAGAAGAUUGGACUCAAUUUACCUGCAGGAAGACGCAAAGCUGCCAAUGUCACAUUACUAACAUCUCUUGUAGAAGGUGAAGCCGUCCACCUGGCCCGGGAUUUCGGUUACAUCUGCGAGACGGAGUUUCCCACCAAAGCCGUGAGCGAGUACCUCAACCGGCAGCACGCGGACCCCAACGAGCUGCACACGCGGAAAAACAUGCUGCUGGCGACAAAACAGCUGUGUAAGGAGUUCACAGACCUACUGGCCCAGGAUAGGACUCCCCUGGGCAACUCCAGGCCCAGCCCCAUCCUGGAGCCCGGCAUCCAGAGCUGCCUCUCUCACUUCUCCUUCAUCACGCACGGCUUCGGCUCACCUGCCAUCUGCGCAGCGCUCACCACUCUCCAGAACUACCUCAACGAGGCUCUCAAAGGACUCGACAAGAUGUUUCUUAACAACCCUCCCAACAACCGGCACGGGGACGGCGGCAACAAGGCCGACAAAGAGGAGAAGCAGCGGAAAUGAAGUCUUCGGCGGGGGCGCUGACGGAGAGCUGAACGGGAGGCAGACACACAGACAGAGGCGUUACACCGUUACUUUUAACUUUACACCACUGCCACUGAUCUGCCACACACAGGGCUGUGGAGGAGAAGGAGGAGGAGGAGGAGGAGGAGGAAAAGGAGGAAGGCUUGGUAGAGAGAAAAAGGCAGAGGAAGACACCUGUGGGCCAGUGUCAGAGAGCACAGAGGGAUGUUUCAUCUGUGUUACGUUCUUUUCAUUCCCCUGAGGACAUGAUGGUUACUGUGUUACAUCCAUUUCGCUCUGCCUGCCUGCAUCCUGUGAGACUGAGAUGCAGUGAGCAGCCAACAAACAUUUUGUGUGUGUGUGUGUGUGUGUGUGUGUGUGUGUGUGUGUGUGUGUGUGUGUGUGUGUGUGUGUGUGUGUGUGUGUGUGUGUGUGUGUGUGUGUGUGUGUGUGUGUGUGUGUGUGUGUGUGUGUGUGUGUGUGUGUGUGUGUGUAUGUCUGAGUGAGUGAGUGUGUGUGCGCUUGUGUUUGUCCUUACACAGAAAAAGCAUUGUGGGUAUGAAGAUUGCGUGAUGAGCACUCUAUCUAUCUGUGAAACAGGUUUAUCUGGUUACUUAACGCAAGUAUGAGGGAGGGUGUUAAUUUAUGUGUGUAAAUAUUUAUUUAUAUUAAUUUAAAUGGAUGGUUGUGUAAAUAGGUGCACCAGCUAUUUUGGAGUAGGCCUAUUUAUCUGUGAUUUGACCUUUGUGAGCCGCUGUGUGGGAGUGGGGGGCUCAUCCAGUGUUUUUCUGUUCUUAUAGAGCUGUUGUGCUGAUGAUGGGUAGACAUGCUUCUAAUUGUCCAGUGAUUUCAUUUCGAUCACAUUGAUAAUAAACCAUGUGUUUUAUUAUG